AUGGGAAUUCCGGAGGGGCUGGUGGCGGAUGACACUGAAACCAAUAGUAGGUCUCUAUAUAUAUGUACCUACGAGUCCAAAACCGGUCAUGCUCAUUACGAUAUCCGCGCCAUCAGAUUGAGCGAUUUAUUAUCCACAUUCAAAUCCAAAUCCAAGAUAGACUUGCUGCGAAAAUUGGCUUCUGUGGAGGGCAAGGAUGUUCCUUACUUGAUGGGUUGCGGUUUAUUGGGCUCCCAUAUUGUUCUUGCCGGCGGCCUGGAACCGCGGGACCCGAAGCAGAAGACGGGGCUUCGAUACGGAUCAUAUGGGAGCAAACAAAUUUAUAUGUUUGAGACAGAUGAUGAUGGGAAAAGAAAGGAGAAAGGGGACUGCUGCUAUGGUGAACCUCAUCAAGGGAAACCUGAACCAUUGGUGGUUGAGGUUGGUGGGAAGCUCUAUGUUCUCUCUGGUGGUCCGCGAUGUUUCUCUAGAAGUCCGGUUUUUGAGGAGUUCAACUCGGGGACUUGGACCACUCUGCCGGACCCUCCAUAUAUACGGCCUUGUCCUCGUGCAUUUCGUUACUUCUCUUACGCGAUUGUGGGCACCAAGAUCAUGGUCUCCACACCAAUAACUCCAGCUUUUUGCUUCGACGUCGCCGCCCCGAAUCCCCGCCAAUGGUGGGUGUGCUCUGCUGAGCCUUUUCCCUUCCUAGGCCUUGCUUUAGUGGUGGACUUGGAGGAGGAAGGUAGUGACCUUAAAUGUAAUAAGAUAAUGUUUGGCUAUGAACGCAUCCCAGGAUAUGGACAUGGUUAUGAUGUAGUAGCCUACGCCAUGUUCCACGAUGAUGAAAAUGGCUAUUGUUAUUAUCAUCGCAUCCAACCUCUACAUCUGCUGACAGAGUUCCAUGCAUUACUUGGUAGAUCACAUGACACGUUUAGAUUCGUCCAUCUAGGAGGUCGAAAAGUCUGCUUUGUUAUUGCCAGUUUCAUCCCAGGCUUGGAAGCUGAUGAUGAUCAUCCUAUUCCUACGACGGAGAAGAUGAAUCUCGUUGUCGUGACAUUCGAAUUUUCCAUUUCCGAGAAUAAUGAUGGUUCAACAAGAUCCUUCUCAGCCAAAACCUUGGGUUCUUGCGUCUUUCCUUUCGAUUGGGCUUCAGAAUCUGGUCGCACCUUCGAUGGAAAACUGCUUGGUUGCUUUGUGCGCUAA